CACUACGACGACGUUUUUGAUUCGCCAUUUUAGAAAAGAAGGAGAGCUGUUCGGAACAAAAGAAGUUAGUUAGCUACAUACUUCAACGCUUUGUUUACACUUAACGAUAUAUUACAUAUUUGAUCCAGUGAUCCUACAACGUUGAAAUGUCUCGGGACAGAUUUAACAUUAACAUUAGAGGAAAUAACCGUGGAGCUGGAUUUCAACGCCGGGGAGCUGGGCCUGGUGGUCCGAUGCGAGGUGGAAUGGGUAACCUGAAUAAUUUCAGACAAAACCAACACCCCUUUCAAAGAGGGCCUCAUCCCGGUAACUUUGGAAAACCACCCAACCAGAUACGUCCGAUGACCCCUCAGAAGCCUCUGCCACCUACUAUUUCCCAGCCAGGCGCUCAACCGAUUCGGCCACCACCUACUCCUGGCCCUGCGCUAACCAUGAAGGGCCCCGUACAGCAACAGCAGGCCGCGGCCGCAGCAGCACCUCCGGUGACCGCAGCAGCACCUCCGGUGACCGUAGCAGCACCUCCGGUAACCGUAGCAGCACCUCCGGCGCCCACAGCAACAACUCCAGCGACUGCAGCACCGGUGGCCGCACCUCCGGCUGUUGCAACAGCACCUCCGAAAGCCGCAACAGCACCUCCGAAAGCCGCAACAGCACCUCCGAAAGCCGCAACAGCACCUCCGAAAGCCGCAACAGCACCCCCGAAAGCCGCAGCUACACCUCCAGCAGCCGCAGCAGCAGCGCCGGCAGGUCAACCAAAAAUGCAGUCCCCACCUCCGAAGCCUGUUCCUCCGAAACCCGCAAUCUCAUCUCUCCCACCAAACCAAAUGAAGAAACCAGCACUUUCAUCUCCCCCACCAAACCAAAUGAAUAGGAACCAGCAAAGAGCAGGACCAGGCAACGCCAAUGGAAAUGGGCAUAAAUCUGCACCCUUUAACAAAAAACCUGAACCUCAAACUCAGAAUACUCAAAUGGAGGCCGAGGAAGCCCAGCACCCCAAGGAGUUGAGAGCGACGCUGUCAUCCCUGCGCAGACCUGGCGAGAAGACAUACACUCAACGAUGCCGCCUUUUCAUUGGCAACCUUCCCAAUGAUAUCUCAGAUGACACGUUCAAGAAGCUGUUUGCGAAGUAUGGCGAGCCCAGUGAGAUUUUCAUCAACAAAAACAAAGGCUUUGGCUUCAUACGCCUGGAAUCCCGUGCGUUGGCUGAGAUAGCUAAAGCUGAACUGGAUGAUGUGCCAAUGAAAGGCAGACCUCUUCGGGUGCGCUUCGCAACUCACUCUGCUGCACUCUCUGUGAAGAACUUGUCACCUUUUGUUUCCAAUGAGCUACUGGAGGAGGCCUUCUCCCAGUUUGGAGUGGUAGAGAGAGCUGUGGUAAUUGUAGAUGAUCGCGGGCGCUCCACUGGCAAGGGCAUUGUUGAAUUUGCCUCUAAGCCUGCUGCACGAAAGGCCCUGGAUCGUUGCAACGAUGGCGUCUUCUUGCUCACCACGUCACCUCGUCCAAUUGUCGUUGAGCCUCUUGAACAAUAUGAUGAUGAGGAUGGUCUACCAGAGAAACUGGCACAGAAGAACCACAACUAUCAUAAGGAGCGGGAGGAACCGCCCAGGUUUGCCCGUCCUGGCACAUUUGAGUUUGAAUACUCUAAGCGCUGGAAGUCCCUGGAUGACAUGGAGAAGCAGCAGCGGCAGCAGGUGGAGAAGAACAUCCGCGAAGCCCGUGAGAAACUGGAGGGAGAGAUGGACGAUGCGUUCCAUGUGCACCAGGCCAACAUGAUCCGCCAAGAUCUGCUGAGGCGGGAGGAGGAACUACGGCGCAUGGAAGAGAUGCACAGUGCAGAGAUGCAGAAGAGGAAAGAGAUGCAGCUCAGGCAGGAGGAGGAGCGUCGCAUACGUGAGGAAGAGAUGCUUCGCCAGAGGGAGAUUGAGGAGCAAAUGCGGCGCAAGCGUGAGGAGGCCUACAGGAGUGGCAACUUCAUGGACAAUAGGGAUAUGAGAAUGACUCAGGGUGGCUCCAUGGGCAUGGCUGACAAUCAAUUUGGCUCACCCAACCAGAAGUUCCCCAUGGGACACCAAGGCAUGGGGGGACCCAGCACUGGGGGAGCCAUGAUGCCCAACGAAAUGCGAAAUGAGCGAAACUUCCCUCAGGGAGGCCGGGGGGGACUGGGUCCUAACAACCAAGGGUUUGGCAGGGUCCGUGAGGAGUUUGAUGGGCCUGCCAAGAAGCCCCGCUUUUAAAUCUGUUCAGUGUCAUUCAUAGCAGCGUUUUUGUGUAGAUUCUCUGAACAUCUUCACAUUGAGUCAUAAUUGUUGUAUUUAAGUUGAAAGUGUUCUUGCAUUUUAGCCUGAAGACUCAUUCAUUUUUAUGGCAAGUUAGGUUUUUUCUUUUUUUGAUUUUGUAUUUGGAGUAGUGUGAAAUGAAUACAUUGGUCACCCUCAGUGAUCAUAGCGCUAUCUCACCUAUGUAUAACUUUCUUUCCAGUUGUAUCAUGCUCUGUGACUCGUGUCGUAAAUGGUGAUAAAUGUCAACUUUUCUCACCUUUCAAUGGCUGUGUUUUGUGCCAUUUAAGAUUUGAAGUAAAAACAUGUAACUUUACAAUAAAGACUUCAGUUGGUUCUCUCCAAA